AUGCAUCUGUUUAAAGACGAACUUGAAGAACCGCCAAAGUUGCUUCCCGAGAACGAUGAUCCGGCGAAGCCGUCAACUCCGACAAACCCUGCAUUCUCAGCGGUAACACAGGAAGAGUACAGUGUCGACGGAGCAGCUCUCUCGACAGCUGACGAGCCGAGGUCAGCAGCAGAAAAGUCCGAUUUCCCGGAAAAUACCCGGACAAUCGAAGGUCCAGGCGGGUUGAAAUUAUUCGUAUCGAUUGAAAAGGAAUCGGGAAGGAGAAAUGGUGUUGUUAUCGAGGACGCUGUGCUGGAUAAUUCAUUUGAAAUUUGCCCACAAACUUUCGGUUCUCCAGCUCUAUCAGGCAAAGUAAGCGGUGUGCUAACAAAUGUGGAUGAUGAACAAUUUCGUCCCAAAAUGGAAUGUCCCAUGUGUGGGCUGGUGCUCUAUCGACACAACUUUAGCACUCAUUAUCGAAUUCAUACUGGCGAAUUACCAUUCUUGUGCACUUGUUGUCAGAAACGCUUCCGAACGUCAUCAGCAUUGAAAGUUCAUGUAAGGUAG